UGAUCAGAAAACAUUGUAUAGAGAGAGAGAGGAGAGAAGUGGUCCUCACACACAGGCCCCUUCUUUCUCUCUCUCUCCUGUCUAGUUCUUUUUCACCUCUCUCAAUCUCUCAUUUCCUACUGUCUUUAGAGACAAACCAACCCACAAAAAUGGAGGCCCUUCAACCAAACCCGUCGCCGGUUUCGAAAAACAAGGCGGCGGAGGAAUGUGCUGCAGCUGAUGAUGACGAUGAUGAUAGCAUGGAAGAAAAAGAAGAACAAGAAGAGUGUUAUGGAGGUGUUAAGAAGAAAAAGAAAGUGGUGUUUGUUUGUGGUGGUGGAUCCGGAGGAAAGAAGGGGUGUGGCGGAAGUGGUGGUGGAGGAGGGCGUUGUCAGGCGGAGAAAUGCGCUGCCGAUCUGACGGAGGCGAAAAGGUACCACCGCCGCCACAAGGUAUGCGAACUCCACGCCAAAGCUUCCGUGGUCGUGGUCGCCGGGCUCCGGCAGCGCUUCUGUCAGCAAUGCAGCAGGUUUCAUGAGCUAUCUGAGUUUGACAACACAAAAAGAAGUUGCCGGACACGUUUGGCAGGGCACAAUGAGCGCCGGAGGAAGAGCUCAUCUGAAUCCCGUGGAGAAGGGUCUGGGUCUGGCUGCCCAAGUUUGAGUCUUCAGUUGAGCCAAAGUCAAGCUGAUGAUCAUUACAGAGGGAAGAAGACUUCUCUGACAGCUUUUCCUGGGAAGCCCACUUACAAACAAUUCCACAUCCAUUGACAUGUUCAUUCCUCAUGCUUACUCUCUUCUGUCAUUCCCAUAGCAUCUCAUGCAUGUUGUGGUUUCAGUGUUGUUUGUGUUCUGUGUUGAUUGAACUGUGUCUAAAUACAGUAGUGUAAGUUGUAGUUAUUUUAAGUGCCUCCCCUGCUUCAUGCUUUCAUGCAUGACAAACUUAUUGUGACAAUCUUUUAAGUAUCGUCUGUGUUAUAGUUCUUUUCGCA